GCUGAAUGAAACGUGACCUGCAGUGAAACAUGACCUAGCGGCACAGGUCACGUGACUAAAUGAGCGCUUAAAUUGACCACAGUCGCUGUCAAAGCUCUAGUUGUCAUUUUACAGCCGGCAGGAUCCAGCCAGCUCAAGCUUGCAAGACCUGUUAAGACUUUCGACGGGCCGCUAGUGCAGCAUGUGGUGAUAGACGUGUAUUUGGAGACGUUCACGACUCAUAUUGUCGGGCAUCGUUGGAUCAUUUCCGGAAGAUUUGGCAGUUCUUGACAGUCCCUUCGACGUCGUCUCCACCCCUACCAGUCCAAAACAUUUCAAAUAAGUCCAUCGAGCUCCGUACCACUCGGUAACUAUUUGUAGAAAUCCAUCACAGUCCGCACCAGUCUUUCCGGGCAUUCCCAUCCCGUCUUAUCUUACAUUUUCCCAACCCGUUCCAUCCUACAUUGUUCGUCAUGAGCUACAGUCCCGCCUCGUACACCCUGCUGGGUAUCUCUCUGACCCUGGCCACCCUCUCGCUGAUCGGUACCGGCGGGGUCAAGUGGUGGUACCUCAAGGAGAUCAGCAAGGCAGACAAGUACGACGAUGACAGGGAGGACAGGAUAUCCGCCACAUGUCAGUCCUCUGCCGAGUCAGGGGACGACGCGUCCGCCGGCCUGGAUCUGCGUCUAACCCAGUACUACCGGGACGACGACGAUCGGGUGGUCAUCGAUGGGGAUAUCGAUAGGAACAAUGCCGACGGCCUGCUCCAAGUUCUGCUUUCGACUGAUUCGUCUUGCUCGAGUCCUUCCAACUUCAUUGCUAGCAUUUUCUCCAGUGGCAACGGCGACAACUCUGAGAUCGAGGACUGGACCAUUCCCCGGGACCAGCUGGAGGACCUAGAGGACGCCAUAGGGGACGCCAUAGUGGUACGAGACUCAGGGAACGACCAGAUCGGCUGCUGCAUCAUCCGGCGGCGGCGCUCAGACUUCGACGACUAGAAACGACGGUGCCGGGUACUCAACCACUGGCAAGUGGAGAUACGAUGUUACUGUAACGGCCAGGAGAGCUAUAAUAAGUCGAGAGUUUUGUUAUGAAGUUCUUGAGGCUGAAUAGAAGCUGUGCUCCUGCUUACAUGAGCUAUGCUAUUAAUCGUUCAAUCAUUUGAGAUGUUAUGCCAAAUGUAUGUCGCGAUGUGGUGCAUAUAAUGUUCUUGGGUGAUUGGAGAAGAAUAUUUAAAUGUGUUGGGUGCACUAUUUAAUUUCCACUAUUUAUAGAUGCAGUGUCCGUCCAAUGAUCAUAUGGUGAUGGCGAAGGCCAUAUGUGUAGGCCGGUGCUACUGGGUGAAAUAGCAAUGUGUCUGACAUGCUAGUGAACUUCCGAUGGUAGUUCUAUUUAUGCUAGACUAACAUAACGAUCCGUUUUUUUUCUGUACGUUUUGUGCGUGAUCAGCUAACGAUUUGUGACAGCAUGAGAUAUUGAUGUAACCGACAGAAUUAAAAAGGUUGCGAUACGAUACCUCUUUGUAACACAAGGUUUAUGAAGCAAUCAAGACAGUGCUUAGAGCGUGCACAGCGCACACUGACUGAGCCCUCAAGCACCUCAAAUUUUGUUUACUGAACUUCUACUUAUCAACUGUUUCUUUAACAAUGCAAAUCAUCGG